AUGAGCCCUGCGGGCUUGCAGGUGGCAGUGGCCCAUGCAGGAGCCAUCCGUCCUUUGGUUCGCCUUCUCUACGACGAGAUGGCCAGCGUCCGGGAAGAGGCGGCUGCGGCUUUGGGCAACCUCGUCUUUUACAACGACGAGACGAAUGCUGGAAAUCAGGCCGCCAUUGCCGAAGCCGGGGCACUGCCGAGACUUGGAGCUUUGCUCCAGGACAAGGCCGCGGCCGUUGCCGAGACUGCUGCUGGGGCCCUGAGGAAUUUGGCGGCGCAGAAUGCGGCCAACCAGGAUUCCGUCUGCCAAAGCGACGCCCUUCGGAGCCUGGUGGGACUGCUGAAGGAGUCGCGAGAGCCCAAGGUGCAGGUCGAAGCCGCAGGAGCCAUCCACAACUUGGCGGCUGGAAACACCAGAUGCCAAGGAAAGAUUGUGGAGGCUGGGGGAUUGCAGCCGCUCGUCUCGCUGCUGAAGGAGGAGGCUCCACGAAUGCGCGAAGUUGCGGCGGGAGCUUUGUGGGCCUUGGCGAGGGAUAAUCCGGAGCUUCAAAAGGCCAUCGAUCGAUCGGGCAACAUCUAUGCCGAGCAUUUGCCCAAAAGACAUCCAAAAAAUUGA